UUUUUAUUUAGCUUUUUUUUCGCUUUAUGAAGUCGGGAUGUUUUUCCAGCGGUGUUUUUUCAUUCUGAUUUUUUUAAUAGUGAAAACUAUGGGUUCCGCGAGAAAUUGCUCAUGGUCCUUUAGAACAUUGCAUGUUGUCAGCUCUUGCCCAUUUAAGACAGAUGAAAAACUAAUGGCAGAAAAGAUUAAAAAAUGUGAGGGAUUGGCAAGCUUGCAAGAUUGUUCUGGACCUUCAUUGUUCAAGUAUCACUGUGUUUUAAAUGAAGAUGGUGAUGAAUUUCUAGAAGUCUGUGCUCCAGAAGUUAAAAUCGUUCUAGGACACUGUGCAACAUUCAGCAUCAGUAAUGGAAGAAUAAAGCAACAUUUUAACAGGACAUGCAAUAGAGGCACACACCCCUGCCCACUACAAUAUGUGUCUUCAGAAUCAUAUAAAUAUCCCACAUGUUAUGGAUUUCCUGACAAUUAUACUAUAUACGAAGCGACAACUGAGACAAUCAACAUCGAUGCAUGUUCAGAGGAAAAAAGAAAUCAAUUGAUAAUUAGUUUGACAUUUCUGUUGGUGUCAUGUAUAUAUAUAAGCACCUUGCCACUCAUUUUAAGCCGCAAUUGUCGUCGUUCAUGUUUAAAACACUGUCCUGAACGCUUCGGCUGGUUUCUAUAUAGAUCUCGCAAAAGAAAAGAAAAGAACCCUAGUAUAGAAUCAUUAAGUAGCAUCCCCUUACAAGAAAUGAAAGAUUGUGAGGAAAAAAAAGACAUAAGGUCAAUGAAAGAAAUGAAAAGUGACUACAGAAGAAAAAUAGAAAUAGUGGAUAAAAUUUUAUCAGACCUUACAACAGAAAAAGACACAAGUGGUGAAAACGUCAAAGAUUAUAAGACUGAAAAAGACAUUUCAACAUUGGAAGAAAAAUUUAAAGAAAUCAAAGAACUUAAAAAGGCUGCGUUCAGCAAUCUGCAUCUGCAUAGGGAAUUACAUCCAUUUCCGAAGCAGAAGUCUUCUCUCUGCAUAAGAAACAUAAGCAGCGUCAACCAUAUUUCUCAUAUUUCCGAAAGAACAAUCUGGUUAAGUAACAGAAAACAUGUCAUGGAAAUAGAUCAUAAUGGAUGUAUAUUACGAUAUUUUAAAAUGGAUGACGUUUCUGGAAGUGCAUCUCAUACAAUUGAUGGCGACGGAAAAUUGUUCUUUAUAAGGGACAACAAAGUGUACAAAGUACAAUUUAAGGAGCCAGAAACUAUAUUUCUAGAUCCCCCUCAGAAGGUUCUCAGUAUUUACUACUCAAAAGUUAGAGAUGAAAUUAUACUUGGGACUUAUAAUAUGUUGGGCAUUUCCAUUCACUCAAAACUGACGAGAUACAGCAAAGAAGGAAUGGUAAUUAUUGAAAUUGAGUCAUACGAAGGCGAAAAUUUAUAUGUAUUACCAAUGUUUAUAUCCGAGAAUGUCAAUGGAGAUGUUUGCACUGCAGACUGUGGAACCUCCAUAGUUACAGGAGUAAGUAGAUUAGGAAAUCUUCUUUUUAAGUAUGACGGAAAUCGUACACAGGUCGGUUUCUAUCCAACGGGAGUUUGUUAUGAUGUUUAUGGACACCUGAUUGUUUGCAAUCGUCACGAUGCCAACCCGAGUAUCCAUGUUCUUAAUUAUCAUGGACAUUUCUUGACACUCAUCUUAACAGAUAAAGAUGGAAUAAAGGAUCCAUAUGGGUUGUGUGUAAGUAAAGAUGGAAGCCUUUAUCUUGGGCAACACGAUAGUAACACGGUUGCUAUUUACCAAUAUCUCGAUGGAAAGUAGUUUCUUCUUGUAGGUUUCAUCUAGGAAAAUACAAAUCAGUUUUCGAUUAACCUCUGCCUUUGCCUAUUGACCCUCGCCUUUGCAAAAGCAAGGAAACAUUAUA